CAAUUGUGGGCUUUAUAUAGAUCCUAAUAUUCUGCCAAAAUGUCCGAAAAGAAGCAGUUUGACUCUAGCUCGGAUUUGAGAUCGAGACUCAUCACAGAAGAAGUGUUGGGCACGUCCGGAACUCGGCCUUUGUAUGUUUCUUCCAUCGAAGUCAAUGGAGGAGAGACAUUCUCUGCUGAAUUUUUCAAGAAGCUCUUGACCCCGCUCAUUGACCGCAGCGACUACACGUUGAACCAAUUGGUAGACACUAUUGGCAUAACUCAAGACAAAUUGAAUAAAACAAAUGUCUUCAAGGACAUUGCUGUGUCGUUACAUUCAGACUACACGGCCUUGAUUCCAUCAACUGUGAAAAACUACAAUAAGGAAACACCUGUUUCGACCAAAGUAGUAUUUGAUUUACAGUCGAUUAACUUGAACAUCGGUGAAGGCUUCCUCAAUUUCAACAACCAGGAGAACUUGACCUUGAACUUAGACUAUUUGAACAACAACUUCAAUGACAAUGCCGAGUUAGUCAAUAUUGGAGUUAACUACAAUCCAUACAAGCCCAAUGACCACUUGAUUACCAACACGAAGUUCUUGGCCAACUUAAACAACCCUUCGUUCAAAUUCUUGAUAGACUUGUUCCACUCUCAACAGAACAACCAGACGUGGCAGCAAUCCUCUGAAGGCUCUACCGGAGGUUUAAUUGGAUUACAGUACAACCAGCUGAAGACAUUGACCUAUUUGACAGGCUUGUCGUUUGCCAGAAGAACCAUUCACAACAUUGACGAUGCUGCUGCUGAUGAGUUGAAGUUUUUCGCUGGCGAUUUCUUGAAGUCGUCUAUCAUAUCGCAAGUAGCCUAUUCUGAUGUAGAAUUCUUGAAUCUGUUCACUAAGAACUUCCCCACCAACGGACUUAAGUUUGUACUCAGCAACGAGAUCUCCUCCAACCAAGAACAGGAAAACCCAGACAAUCAUGCUGCGUUUUUAAAAUCUUCUCUUUCCCUCAAUUACUACAAAUCGUUCUUGAACAAUGCCAUCACUACUGAAUUUUCUUCAGAUUUUGGUGGAAUCUAUUCUUCUUCUAAUGGACCAGUUCAUAUCAGUGACCGUUUCUACUUGGGGGGAGUUGACUCGUUUAGAGGCUUCUGUAGAAAUGCUGUCAAUAUCAACGGUGGCUCGCUGUUCUACAAGCUUAGUGGUACUAUUUUCUCCCAGUUGCCUCCUUUCAUACAUCCAGUUGCUAAAGGCAGUGCUGUAGACAAAAAGUUGGACGACGGCUUCGGUCACGAAGCUAAUCCUUUGAGAUUUUACGCUACUGGUUCCAUUGGUAACGUUUCAGACAACAUGCUUGAAGACGAUUCUGGUGUUAGUAGUGUAGGUAUUGGGCUCAGAUACUUCAACUACUGGGCCAACUUUGACGUAGGGUACUUCCUUGCUAAGAGAUACGGAACGGAUGCUGGAGAUUCUGGUAUCAAAGACGGUUUACACUUAUCGAUAUCCAUCGGAGGAUCUAAUCGUUCUGUCUAGGAAAAGUUUAACUAUGCUAGAUACAUAAGGUACAAUAAUGUAGUAUUAAAUGAACAAUAAGUUCUAUCU